AUGCUUGGGGCGUUAGGCCGUGUCCAGGACCUACUCACUAAGGAUGACAAAGAAGCCAACAGACCCAUGCCAAACAAAGGAGACCAUGGACUAGGAAAUGAGAAGUUCAAACCUGUGGUACCUUGGCCUCAUGUUGAAGGUGUGGAAGUGGACUUAGAAUCCAUUCGGAGGAAAAAUAAGGCCAAAAAUGAACUAAAUCAUCAUGGUGGUGGUGAUAACAAACAGCAAAACAUCAUCCAGAGGCAGUAUCUCACAUUUAAGCCUCAGACAUUUGUAUACCGAGAUCCUGUUUUACGACCUGGAGUCCUUGGUAAUUUUGAACCCAAAGAGCCUGAGCCUCACGGAGUUGUUGGUGGCCCUGGAGAGGAAGCGAAGCCAUAUGUUUUAGGACCAGAUUACAAAGAAUCCAUUCAAGCCAGCAUUAAAGAGUUUGGGUUUAAUAUGGUGGCAAGUGAUAUGAUCUCACUAGAUCGGAGCGUUAAUGACUUGCGUCAAGAAGAAUGCAAAUACUGGCAUUAUGAUGAUAACCUGCUCACCUCCAGCGUUGUCAUUGUCUUCCAUAAUGAAGGAUGGUCCACACUCAUGAGGACAGUCCACAGUGUCAUUAAGAGAACUCCAAGGAAAUACUUGGCAGAAAUCGUGCUGAUUGAUGAUUUUAGCAACAAAGCACACUUAAAAGAAAGGCUGGAUGAGUAUAUUAAGCAGUGGAACGGCCUUGUAAAGGUAUUUCGAAAUGAGAGGAGAGAAGGUUUAAUCCAAGCUAGGAGCAUUGGCGCCCAGAAGGCUAAACUUGGACAGGUUUUGGUUUACCUUGAUGCCCAUUGUGAGGUGGGAAUUAAUUGGUAUGCACCACUUAUAGCUCCUAUAUCUAAGGACAGAACCACAUGCACUGUGCCGCUUAUAGAUGUCAUAGAUGGCAACACUUAUAAGAUUGUGCCCCAAGGGGGUGGUGACGAAGAUGGGUUUGCUAGAGGAGCGUGGGAUUGGAGUAUGCUAUGGAAGAGGGUUCCCUUGACCAAGCGAGAGAAGGAAAGCAGAAAGACAAAAACUGAACCGUAUCGGUCCCCUGCAAUGGCUGGUGGAUUGUUUGCCAUUGAACGCGAUUUCUUCUUUGAACUGGGUCUCUAUGAUCCAGGGCUUCAAAUUUGGGGUGGUGAAAAUUUUGAAAUUUCUUACAAGAUCUGGCAGUGUGGGGGAAAACUGUUGUUUGUUCCCUGUUCUCGUGUUGGACACAUCUAUCGUCUGCAGGGUUGGCAAGGAAAUCCACCCCCUGUGUACGUUGGGUCUUCUCCUACAUUAAAGAACUAUGUCAGAGUUGUAGAAGUGUGGUGGGACGAAUACAAAGAUUACUUUUAUGCCAGUCGGCCAGAGACAAAAGCGCUGCCCUAUGGAGAUAUAUCUGAGCUGAAAAAAUUCCGUGAAGAUCACAACUGCAAAAGUUUUAAGUGGUUUAUGGAAGAAAUAGCGUAUGAUAUAACUUCAUAUUAUCCCUUACCACCUAAAAACGUGGACUGGGGAGAGAUUAGAGGCUUUGAAACCGCUUACUGCAUCGAUAGCAUGGGGCACACCAAUGGUGGCUUCGUUGAGCUUGGGCCAUGCCACAGAAUGGGAGGAAAUCAGCUUUUCCGAAUCAAUGAAGCUAAUCAACUCAUGCAGUACGAUCAGUGCUUAACUAAAGGACCGGAUGGAUCCAAAAUUAUGAUUACACACUGUAAUCAGAAUGAAUACAAGGACUGGCAAUACUUCAAGAAUCUGCACAGAUUUACUCACAUUCCAUCAGGGAAGUGCUUGGAUCGCUCCGAAGUCCUCCAUCAAGUUUUCAUUUCAGAGUGUGACUCCAGUAAAGCAACGCAAAAAUGGGAAAUGAACAACAUCCUUAGUGUGUAGACAGACAAAACCUACCUACUGACAACAUUAAUUUGUACAGGACUGAAAAUAGCCUGAAAACUGCUGCAAUUAUUAACUUUGUACAGCUGCGAGCCUCCUGGCUUGGAUGAAGGACAUAGAGGAACUGUGAUUAUUACAAUAACAUUAUCAUCCGCAGUUAAUGUUUACAAAACUGCUUUACCUUAAACUCUGUAGAUGUUUACAUCUUUUUGUUUUAAGAUGUUGGUCAAUUAAUGUGCUGUUAGCUAUGUUUCAUAGGAACAUAGUUAAAAGCGUUGUCGUCUUCUUUGGGAUUACACUCAGGGGUCUGAAGGCAGUUUUUUUACACACACUUGAAAAGGUUGGAGUAACCAGAUUUUCACAGAACUUGGUGAUUAUCAACCUGUUGUAUAUUUUUAUUUAAUUUUACAUCUUACUAAGCACUGCCACAGGUUAUUAGCCAGGGUGGCCUUCUCUCACAGUCAUGCUGCUUUUUUGGAAGGUGAAUUUCAACAUAUUUAGUGCCUCUUUCAUUUCUCUCUUUCACAAGAAAAGCAUUUGUUGGAAAUUAUACAGUGGAUUUUUCUGAGCUGUCACCAGGGGUAGGGACCAACCGUACUACCCUGUGUAAUUAUUGUGUUACCGAAGACAAAUUUCUAUUGCCAGUUCGGCUGCUCUACUUCAACUGGACACUGUACGGUGCAAGGAAGAGCUUAGUGUUGAGUUUAGUGCUAAUGUGGUACAUUUGGAUGGAAGUAAGCACCCUCGCGAUUCCAGUUAAGAAUUUAUAAGCACUAACUUGCUUGUUUAAACCAUGCCUUACAUAAAAAUAAUUUAAAAAAUAAAUAAAAUAAAGCUGCACAAUUAUGUAAAACUUAGAAAGAAUCCAAUGCUUCAUUUAUAUUGUUAUUUUAAAUGGAAAUCACUGAAGAGGUGGACUAAAACUUUUAAUUAGGAAAAAACAUCCAGCUUCUUAACACAUCUGUGUAAUUCUUUACAAGGACAUCUGUCAGCCAGUUUGGAUGCCAGAUUUAGAUUUGAAAAGAGAAAUGGAAAUCCUGAAACCACAUUUAUUCAUACUAAUUUUCUUCUUUUUUUUGUCAUUGGAAACUUCUCCUGAGGGAUUACAAACACAAAAUACAACUGCUUGGUGCUAUAGUGUACAGAAUAGAAUGCGAAGAAGUUUCUAAAAAUGUUCUGGAAAGGAGUUGGUGCAAACUCCCUUAGGAGUAUAAAUAUUUACUCUGAGUGAACAGAGAGGUGGAGGAGAAAUGACUUGUCCUCACUUCCUUAUUCUAGAUUUUGUGACUGUUAAAUGUUGACAUCAGUGUACUGAUUUCAUAAGAGUUAUGCCUAUAACAUGUCACACUAUUAAAUAUGACUAAAUACUUCCCUGAAAUCUAGAAUAGCAUUGCAUGCAGCUUCCAUUGAUGUUAACAAGGGUUAUGUAUCAUAUUUGGUGACACAGUUUGAUCUUUACAGGGCUGUCUGCACUGAUCUAUUAGUUUGGGAUCUUUCCUAGUUUCUAUAAACUUCUCAUCUAUCCUUUCAGAGCUAUGAAAAAUAGAAAAUAAAGGAGGGGGAAACUGGAAAAAAAAGGAAGAUAAGGGUGUGUGCCGGUACUUGUUCCUUGUGUGUAUGAAAACUGACUCCAUUUUUGUGUGUUGGGUAGAUUAAUUUAAUCAUACGACUAUGCAUAAGAGAAAGAAUGGUGGCACAUAAAUUGUGCGGGUGUGCAUUUUAAAUGGGUAUUUUGUGCAAUUCAUCGAAAGCUGAUGCUGUAUGUGAAUAUGAAUCUGUAUGUGAGACUGAAACCUUACAAAACAUGAGAUCGUAAGAAGCUGUUGCUGUAAUGACUUUUUCCUACUAUAGCUGGCUUGGAAAAAAAUAAUUCCCAUAUUCUUGCUUUGUAAGUUGAUGAUAAUAUCACUAUGCAUUUCUACAUAUUUUAUAAAUUUGAUUUAUGCAGAUUUUGAUACACUGUAUGUUUCUGUAGAAAUUGUAUAAAUCUUUAAAAAAUUUAUUAGGGAUAAAUCUGGGAAACCUAUGUAUAUCUUACUUAUGGGUUGCUGGUUUUUUAGGUGAAGUAAAUAAAAUAUUUGAAUUUUUGGGUUUACUAUA